UCCUUAAUUAUUCGUCGAAACUCUGCUUGUUUUUACUUUCCUUCUUUCUUUAUCUCUCUCUAUAUAUAUCUAUAUGUAUUGACGCAGGCGGCAAGGGCAUUAGAAAAAACAACAAUCUUUUCUGCAUCAGAAAGCCGUUUCAUUUCAUUUAAUUUGUCGAAUUCUGAGAUUAAUAUAGUUUGAAGAUCCGGUGUAUGGACUAUGGGCUUUUAGAAAGCAGCGGUACUGAUGAUGAUCAGCCUCAAUCACAAUAUAAUCGAGUCCCUGCAGGAAGUAUUAUAGGUGGAAACGGUAGGUCUAGUAUAAGUUCAGCCCCAUACCAAAGGAUGUAUGUUGAUAUGGAAGUCGAAAUUCACAACCUUGAGCAGGAUGCCUAUGGUGCAAUCCUUCGAGCUUUCAAAGCACAGUCUGAUGCUCUUACAUGGGAAAAGGAAAGCUUGAUAACAGAACUCAGGAAAGAGCUGAGAGUGUCAGAUGAUGAGCACAGAGACCUACUGACCAAGGUCAAUGCCGAUAACCGUAUUCAUAGUAUCAGGGAGUGGAGAAAGACCAAUGGAAACCAACCUGUUCAUGAUCAACUCCCCAGUCCAACAAUUUCUGGAUCAAGAAAGAGGACAAAAAUGUCACAAUCUGUGAUAAUGCCACUUGGUACCCCGUUGGAGUCCUUGCACCAUCAGACAAUUGCAGCGAGCACGCAACCUACUACUCCAGGUGCAAAAUGGGGAGCAGCACCAGGAAAUGGAGGAUUUAGGUCUAGACCUGGCCAGCAAGUGUUCUCCUCUUCAAGGGCUGUUCAUUAUCAGCAGGCUGCUCCUGGUUCUUCAAGUGCUCUUCGUUCUGGUGAACUUGCUGAAAGACCGCGCGAUCCCCUGAUUGGGAGAAGAGUGAUGACUAGGUGGCCAGAUGACAACAACUUCUACGAGGCCAUUAUAACUGACUACAGUGCUGUUGAUGGUCGGCAUGCUUUGGUGUAUGAUAUGAAUACACCAAAUGAAACUUGGGAAUGGGUUGAUCUCAAAGAGAUUCGCUCCAUGGAUAUUCGUUGGAUAGGUGAUGAUCCUGGAAUAUCUCGAGUAGGAGGAGCUGGUGGGCCAGGCUAUGGAGGAGUUAAUACUCUAAGUGCUGGAAGAGGGAGGAGAUUUGCUAGGCAACAAUUUGAGAAUGAUGUCAAUGCAUCAGAGAAUAGAAUCGUACAGAAGACAUCAGAUGAAAUUGAGAUUCUGCACACAGCAACACUGAUAAAGAAGGUUGAGAAGGUUAUUGAUGCAAGUCACCCUGAUCUGGCUGAGCUUGCAAAGGCAAAGAAAAUGCUCAAGGAACAUGAACAAGCAUUAAUUGAUGUGAUUGCCAAACUCACCGAUGUUUGUGAGAGUGGAAGUGGUGGGGAACCACCAUUCUUCCAUAAGAACGAUCUGCUGGGGAGCAAUCAUGAUGGUGUUGAUAUGGAGCCUGGGAUGAGGGCAAGUGGUCAAGGCGCACCGGAAAAUCAUCCAGAUGAGGAUGUCAUCGUUAUUUAGUUUCUUCCUUUUUCAUAAUCAUCAUUUCUAGGCAAUACAUUCUGUCUAUUUAGAUUCUGGAGCUGAGCUGCCAAACAUCGUAUUUCAGCUCAAUGGAUUAUAGUGCCAACUUUGCUGUCGCAUGAAUUGUGCAAGACAACGUAGAGAUGUCUUUGUAUGUUAUGUUAUUACUCUUUAGUUGUGAUGCUACAACCCCUGAAUAAAGCUGCUUCAAUUUGGCAAUACAUUU